AUGAUCUUGCUCCUCUUCUUGUUUGGACUGGCUCUUGGUGCUCCUUCUGAGUCUCCUGAUAAAAAUGAACUGAAGCUCCAACUUGUUCAACUACUGCGUGGAAGCUGUCCCAUGUUCUGGUACAGCUUCAAUGGCCGCUGCUACAAAUAUGUGGCCACACACAUGAGCUGGGCUGAUGCAGAGCUCUACUGUGUGUCACAGCGAGCCAACCUGGUGUCUAUCUACAGUGAGGAGGAACAGGAGUUUGUUAAAUCAUUAAUUAAGAACUUUGAUCAUGCUGAGGGAUACACCUGGAUUGGACUGAGUGACAUCCAUAAAGAAGGCAGAUGGAUGUGGUCUGAUGGUUGUGCAGUGAGUUUUGUCUACUGGUAUGCUGGCGAGCCAAACAACAGUGGAACAAAUGAGCACUGUGUUCACACCAACUUGUCGGACUUAAAGAAGUGGAAUGAUCGCAAAUGUUCUCUCAUUUUGCCUUCUGUUUGUGCAACACGGACAAACUGCUCUUAG